AUGGUGACACCAGAAAAGAGCCUUUCAACAGCUUUAAAUGCUAGAACCAUAGGCUCAGGCAACGAAACCAUAGUUUUGUGUCAUGGAUUUGGAACAGACCAGUCCAUAUGGCACAAAAUCAUUCCCCUUUUGGCUGAAAAUUACACUCUGGUUCUCUUUGAUUGGCCUUUUUCUGGGGCAGUCACAGAUAAGACCCUUUAUGAGCAUGCCAAGUACACAUCCUAUGAACCUUAUGCUGAUGAUUUAAUCACUGUCAUAGAUGAGAUGGACCUCAAGUGUGUCACUUUUGUUGGACAUUCCAUGUCUGCUAUGAUUGGUUUAAUUGCUUCCACUAAAAGGCCUCCACUUUUCAAGAGGCUCAUUCUGGUUGCUGCUUCCCCAAGGUAUAUAAAUACAGAUGAUUACAUAGGUGGUUUUCAGAGGUCAGAUAUUGAUGAAUUAGUCUCAACCAUGGAGUUGCAAUAUGAAGAUUGGAUUUCAGCCUAUGCUCCAAUUGCAGUGGAUCCAAAUGAUGCUGCCUCUGUUGAAAGAUUCCAAAGCUGCUUGAAAAGUAUGGAUGUUGAAGUUGCAAUCUCCUUGGCCAAAACUGUGUUUUACAGGCAGUACUUGGAGAACACCAUUAAAGGGGUGACCACUUUGGAGAUCAUCAUAGACAUGAUUGGCCAUUUCCCUCAGCUCACUGCACACCUUAAGCUAGUUGAGGUGCUGAAGGAUGUUGUUGGCUUUGGCCAUGCAUAA